AUGAAUUUUAUAAAGUCUCUAUUUCACUAAUCGAGUCCAUAGUAAAAAAAGAUUGUGCAAAAGAAAGCUGUUGGAUCUUCUAUACUUGAUUCUCAGUUCACUCAAGUUAGACUAUAAGAUAUUAAAAUAUUAUCUAAAGAUUUAAAAAAAUUAGAAGAAAUUCUAAAGCAUUAGCCAGAAACAAUAAAUGAAUAAUUUAAGAGAUGUUAUAGUUUCCAUGUCAUUUUAAGCAGUGAUUAUACAUAAGCAAUAGAUAUGAUACUCAAAUAUUUUGAAACCCAUCAACAUGACUAAUGUAAACAAACAUUACAGACUACAUAAACAAAAACUAUGGUUACUUAACAUAUUAAUUAAACAACUCAAAAUAUAUAUGAUUAGAAAAUCAAUUUGAUAUCAUAGCAAAAUUCUAUGUUUGUCAAUGUUGCUGAUGUAAAUCAUUAAAUUAUUCAUAUUUUUUAGUAAAUUUAGUUAUUUGAACUGAUAAAUUAAAAUGAAUAAGGAUUUAUGAAUAUAUACUUUAAUUAUAUUCAAAGAAUAGCAUAAAAUAAUGAUAUUUAUAGUUCUUGUAGAUUUUAACAAUAUCCUUAUUAAGAUGAUACACAUAACCGUAAACUUUAAUUUCUUUGGUUAUUCAAAAUUAUCAAUCUACUUAAUUUUAAAUUAAGCUUCAUCCCAUAUUUCCAAUUUAAUUUUAAAAAUAAGACAUAAAAUACUUUAAUCAUUCGAGAUAUAGCAUACUUAAUUUAUAAAGAUUGUUUAGUAUAAUAUGCUUUCUUAAGAAAUGAGAUUACUGAUAUGCUUGAUUGUUAUUCAUAAUAUUAAAUUAAAGAAUGUAUAAAAAAUAUAAUCAAAUUUAGCUCUUUAAUUUUAUGAAUUAAUCUUAAUAAUGAAAGAUAUCACAAAUAAGUUGACUAUAUUUUAUGAAAUGAGAUCUUCAUUUGCUCUCAAUUCUGAAUCAGUUAGGGAUGUAAAAUGGUUUAUUAUUGAAAAAAAAUAGAUGAAUGAAAUAGAUAAUUAUAUAUCUAAAAUUAAGUUACUUAAUACAUCCUAAUUUAAAAAGAGUCUUAUGGUUCCAACUUAAAAACAUGUAAUUGAAAACUUUUAAAAGGCUUUAUAAGAUCCAAAUCUCUUAGAUAAUUCAUUUAAUAAAGUAAUAUUAUUAUAAAAUUCUAGGAACCAACUACAGCAAAACAAAUUAAAAUUAGCAAUGAAUUAUUAUAUUCACCUUUAAAAUUGAAAUAAUUAAAACGUGGAGAACAUUCUAGAUAAUAAUCAAGAAAUUUUGUGAAUCUUUGA